AUGUCAACUCUAAGAGACACUGGUGGCUCAACUGCUCUCCACUAUGCCGCCAAAAGGGGUAAGAUAGAAAUGACCCACAUUUUGAUCUCUAAUGGAGCCAACUUGAAUCUGCAAGAUCAGCUUGGCCUCACAGCCCUUGAGUGUGCAGCCAACGCCGGCAAGACUGAGGUCAUCGAGUUUCUGACACAGAGAAGCAGAGCCGUCCCUGGGAGCAAGCAGGGCAAGCAUAUGCUUGCGGCCCUGUUUCUAAAUAAGAAUUUAAUCGGCCAUAUUUUGACAAAGUCUCCUAUAGCUUAA